AUGCCGUCUUACGAGCCUAUUCAGAUAGAGCCCAUUCCCGUUUCAAAGACAAAAGAAGUCAAUAUCUUUUCUCUGAAAAGCCCUGUUAAGAACGGAGAUGAAUUUGUGAACACCUUUGAUAUACCACUUCCGCCACCAGCCAAAAAGCCGCUGGAGGUCUUGGACAUAGACAAGGAAACUCCAGAUGGACAUGUUCCAAGAGACCCCAUCCAGGUCCGCUUGACUGGUGUUCACCCACUCAACUCAGAGUCUCCGCUUACUGCUUUGUUUGACGAGGGAUUCCUGACCUCGCCUGAACUAUUUUUCGUUCGAAAUCAUGGAGCAGUUCCUGUUAUCGAACAGGAUGAUAUACUCAACUGGGAGCUUUCUAUUGAAGGUUUGGUGGAGAACCCGAUUGUCCUGACAUUACGACAAAUAAUUUCCGACUUUCAACAGGUCACUUGCCCUGUCACUCUCGUAUGUGCCGGCAAUCGCCGUAAAGAACAAAAUAUGGUUCGGAAGUCCAAAGGUUUCAACUGGGGAGCAGCAGGUUUGUCGACAGCUCUUUUCACUGGGCCAAUGAUGCACAACAUUUUGAGCCGAGCAAAACCCAUGAGAAAGGCGAAAUACAUGUGCAUGGAAGGAGCCGAUGCUUUGCCAAAUGGGAACUAUGGAACAUCCAUCAGGCUCUCUACGGCUAUGGAUCCAGCUAUGGGCGUCAUGCUUGCCUAUAUGAUGAAUGGAGAGCCUCUCCGUCAGGACCAUGGAUGGCCACUCAGAGCAGUGAUACCAGGGCAUAUUGGCGGUAGAAGUGUGAAAUGGAUCACCAAGAUUAUAUUGACCGAAAACCCAAGUGAUAACUGGUAUCACAUCUAUGACAACAGAGUACUGCCAACGAUGUGCUCCCCUGAAAUGGCAACCGAGGAUGAUAGCUGGUGGCGUGAUGAGCGCUAUGUGAUUCAACAUCUAAACGUCAAUUCUGCCAUUGCCUAUCCACAGCAUGAUGAAGAAGUUGUAGUUUCAUCCACGCCCUCGUACACCAUUAAAGGAUAUGCAUAUGGCGGUGGCGGAAGGCAGGUUUCAAGGAUAGAGGUAUCCUUGGAUAGCGGAAAGACCUGGCGGCUUUCAUCCAUUCAAUACGAUGAGGAUAGGUACAGGGCAACGAGCCAGUACCUGUACGGCGGUCAACUUGACUUAUCCUGGCGCGAAACCUACUUUUGCUGGUGCUUCUGGUCGCUCGAAGUGCAAACUCAUGAGCUUGAAACUGCAGACAGUAUUGUUGUCCGCGCCAUGGACGAAUCCUUGAAUAUUCAACCACGAGAAAUGUAUUGGUCGGUUCUUGGGAUGAUGAACAACCCUUGGUUCCGCAUCACUAUUUCCAAAGAGAACGGGGUAUUGAAAUUCAAACACCCUACCUUACCCGCCACUCAGGCGGGCGGCUGGAUGGAAGCGGUUAAAAAGGCCGGAGGUGAUCUAACAGACGGAAACUGGGGGGAGGCAUCAGCCAGUGCUGCAAAGCCAGUUGAUGUAAAACCGGAACCUGAAAUCAAUAUGAAAAAGCCAGGGCUCAAGGUCAACAUAACUCUAGAGGAGUUCAUGGCACAUAACAGCCGCGAUACAGACCCUUGGUUCGUGGUUGAUGGUGAGGUAUAUGAUGGUACACCUUUCCUUGAAGGCCAUCCAGGUGGCGCCCAGAGCAUCAUCUCGACGGCAGCAACAGAUUGCACGGAGGAAUUCCUGGCUAUCCACAGUGAGUCAGCAAAGGCCAUGAUGCCCGACUACCACUUGGGAACCCUCGACCCAGCUGCACUUCGUGAGCUACAGAACUCUCAAGGGACAUCCAGCAAGCCUCUUCCAAUUAUCCACGAGUGGGAGAAAGUGACUUUGACUGAAAAAACCAACCUUUCACUUGAUACGGCCCUGUUCACAUUUUCGUUUGCAGACAGUUCAAAGGUUUUAGGAAUCGGCAUUGGUCAACAUAUCAUGCUGAAGGUCAAUGCAAAGCCCAAUGACCCUACUAGUGCUGUUAUUAGGGCCAUUACACCACUCUCUGACCCGAGGGAUAAAGGCAGCAUGGGGCUUCUUAUCAAAAUAUAUCGACCAGCUCCUGGCUUUGCUGGUGGACAGCUUACCGUUCCCUUGGACAAGUUACCCAUCGGUUCGGAGGUUGACUACAGGCUCUCCUCUCACUGCAAGUUUGAAUACCUGGGUCGAGGCAGAACCGUCAUAGACGGCACUGAACGACACAUAUCCUCAUUCAACAUGAUAUGUGGUGGAAGUGGUAUCACUCCAAUGUUCCAGGUUCUUCGAGCAAUCUUACAAGAUGAUGAAGAUACAACGACUUGCACCCUUUUGGACGGUAAUCGUACCGAAGACGAUAUCAUGUGCCGAGCCGAGCUGGCCUCGUUUGUCUCAUGUGACACGAAGAAUAAGUUCCAAGUCAUUCACACUUUGACACAGCCGUCAAAGUCAUGGUCUGGAUACAAGGGAAGAAUUUCAGAGGGUUUGAUAUCCAGACAUAUAGUUCGUUCUGAGAAUAGCAUGGUACUUAUUUGCGGUCCUGCUUCUCUGGAAAACUCCGCGAAGAAGAUACUGCUUGCACAGCAGUGGAACGAGGAUGAUAUCUUUUUCUUUUAA